GUAGAUAUUCAGCUAAUGUAAACAGAGCUAAGCUAGCUGUUAGCCUGGUGUUCCGUUUUCCCACGGAAAUAUGAGUUUAUUUGUCUUUAUUUAGAUAUUAUAUUAUAUUAUAAUUCUGUUUCGUGGUCACUGGCUGUAGCUGAUGUGGGUUCUGAUCUCAGUACAUCAGGAUGGACCAAGAAAAGCGUGAUAAGCUCUCAGAGCUUGUGGAGGAGCUGACCACCUCCGGAGAACCACAGCUUAAUGAAGCCAAAAUGAAGGAAGUGAAAAAGAUUUGCAAGCUCUCCAAUGACUACAUCGAUCAUUUCUAUCACCUGAUAAUGACCCAGUUAAACCAGGAUCACGCUGAGAUUCGUCUCUCUGCGUUUCAAAUGGCCUCGGAGCUUUUCAGCCGCUCUCAUCACUUCAGAGUUCUGCUGGUCUCAAACCUGCAGGAGUUCCUGGAGCUGACGGUGGAGACGGACGUGGAUCAGCCGCUGCCUCCUCCUAAAGAAGUGGCCAAGAAGCUGAAGGUUCAGGCCAUGCAGACGGUGCAGACGUGGCAGGCCACUUACGGAGACGCCUACAAAAAACUGGCUUUAGGAUAUCACUUCCUCAAACAGGUUAAAAAGGUAGAUUUUCAGGAUGUUGAAGCCAGAACUCUGGCGGAGAGGAAGCGGCAGGAGGAGAAGCAGCAGAGACUCGAGAGAAUUUAUAAAGAGAAGCUUGAAAAAGCCAAGCAGGAAAUGGAGGAAAUGACAGGAGAGAUGGAGGAGUCUCUGACGGAGAUGAAUAACUGUCUGGUGCUGCUGAUGCCCGACAGCUUCAGUCUGUUCAGCUCUGAUCCGGCCGGGAGCUCCGGCGAGACGCAGCGAGACGCUGAACAGCCGUGCUGCAGUAAAGAGCUGAGCUCAGAGACCGAGAGACCGACCGCAGACGAGGCUAAGAGUGAGGAAGAGGAGGAGAGCGAUGAAGAGGCUGAUCUGGAGGAGCCUGGAGACGAGGACAUGUUUAUCCGCAGCACGGGACUCAUGUCCCACAGAUACCAGCUGGACCUGGACGUGUCCAUGGAUUUAAAGGAGACGGAGGAGAAUGAAGCGGUCGUGAACAACGUCAGAGAUCUGCACCGACUCAUCAGCAGCCGACACCUUCCUAUGGUCCAGUCCUGGAUUCAGGUUUUUACGAAGGUUGGUGUGGAGGAGCAGCUGAUCAGACGAGCCACGGAAAUCAAGAAAUCUCUGGAUAAAGUUCUGAGAAAACAUGAUGAGCUUCAUAUAGACUACAAAACCAGACAGAGGAGAGUGUUAAAGGCUGGAGAGGAAGAUGAGGAUGAUGAAGAUGAUGAUUUUGAGGAGGUGCCGGAGAAGGAGGGGUAUGAGCCUCAUAUUCCUGAUCACCUGCGCUCAGAGUACGGUCUUGAUCCAUUACCUUCCACAUCCUCUUCUGUGGCCAAACCAGAAACUUUAAAACCAGCGGUGAAAGCGGGAGCUCCGCCCCGGAGUCUGGCCCGGCUGCAGCGGAAACUCCGUGAUGAGGAGAUGGACCCGACGUGUGCCGCCGCCACGGUCCGAGUCCUGAAGAACAGACUGCCCUCCGUCCCGACUACAAGUGUAUCCGGAGGCGGUGGUGAGGAGUCUGCAGGCGGUGGGGAGGAGGUUCAGGUUCAGGAGAAACAGGAAGCUCCUGUCGUUCCGUUCGGUCUGGAUCUUUAUUACUGGGGAGAGGAGCAGCCGACCGCCGGCAAAAUCAUCAAGAACACUUCUCAGCACCAGUUCUGGGUGCCGCACGAGGUGGAGGAGGAGGUGGAGAACACGGAGCUGUCUGCACAGAUGAAGUCCAGGUACAUCACCUUCGCCGGACGCUUCCAGCCCGUGGAGCACAAGUGCAGAACCCCCCUGCCCAACGGCUCGCUGUGUGAACGCCAGGACCGGGUCAAGUGUCCGUUCCACGGGAUUAUAAUCCCUCGAGAUGAGAUCGGGAGGCCGAUUAAUCCGGAAGACGCCGCUCGUCUGGAGAGAGAGGAGAGGAAACGCAGAGAAGAGCAGCCAGAUUGGCGGGAUCCAGAGCUGAUGCGGGAGAUUGAAGCAGCUACAGGUGAAGACCUGGGAUCCUCCAGGACGUACGGAAAAGGAAAAAAGGGAGGAAAAGGAAAAGGAAAGAGGAAGAAGCACCCGAAUCUCACAGACUUAAAGCAAACUGCCAACACUUCCCGCUCACGACUGGAGAAGAAGGUCUUUAAUAAGAGCUCCAUGAGACGAGUAGCAGAGGUUAUGAACAAAAUCGACAAGAGGAAACACGAGAAAUUCGCAAACCAGUUUAACUACGUAUUUAAAUGAGUGCACCUCAUCUGUUUAAACUCAGAAAUAGAAGUUUUAUUUUUAUAUUUCCACCUAUUUCUGAACCUGAUUUUAUACGUAUUAAUGUAUGUUGAUAUAUGUGGUUUAUUCUAAUUUAUUUAUGAUUUUAUAAACUAGUUUUAUUGUCUGGUUUGUAAUUUCAUGUUUUGUGUUUGACUGCAGUUUAAUUAUAAUUUCAUCAUCAUGUUUUGAUACUCAAAUACUGUUAAUCUAAAUUAUGAUUUUAAAAUGAAGAUCUUGGCGUAUAAAACAUGUAUAAAACACUUUGUUUUGCAGGAUCACUUUUUAAAGAAUGUAAGUGAAUCUUUGUUUUUCUAUGUUGUUUUAUAAAAAAUGGAUAAAUUCUGGUGCUAAUUUGGGGUGAUUUUGUUUGUUUUACAUGUUUUGUGUGUUUAUCUCUCUGUAAUCUGAACUGAGAGGUGGAAGAAAAUAAAUUCACAUUUCAUUUUUUAUUUACAGCGAA